AUGACACCUGAUGAAGAUGAUGGCAAAUCAAAGUUGGGCUAUUUGUAUAUUGACAUCUAUGACAACAUUAGUCUCGUGAACAUCAACGCUGGAAUAUCCUCUGUGAACAAAGAUCUUGCAUUGGAGCUAGCCAAAAUUAUAGCAACACAAUCACAAUCUGUGAUCAGUAGCGUAUUCUUUGAUGUCAAUGCAUAUGAUUUUGGUUGUCGUAGCUACUUGAAUUCAGUGACAAUUGUUAAUAAAGGAAGACAACUAAAGUUGGUCAAGAUUUUUGUCGCCUUUACUUCCUUGGAUUUCUCAUCCAAUCAUUUUGAAGGGCCAAUGCCAGAGGAAAUUAUGAAUUUCAAAGCACUUCAUGCUCUUAACUUAUCAAAGAAUGCUUUUUCAGGCCAUAUUCCUUCAUCUGUAGGAAACUUGAGGCAUCUUGAAUCAUUAGACUUGUCAAUGAAUUCUUUCGGCGGGAGAAUUCCAUCAGAACUCGCAAGUCUAAAUUUCCUUGCAUUUCUCAACCUCUCCUAUAAUCAUCUGAUAGGGCUGAUCCCAAUAGGUACCCAAAUUCAGUCAUUUGAGGCUGAUUCCUUCAAAGGAAACAAUCAUUUAUGUGGGCCUCCAUUGACGCCAAAUUGCAAUUUCGAUGAUGUACUAGGAUUGUUGACCCCAACAUCGUGGUCCAAAACAUCUAAUGGAUCAAAUCAUGGCAGUGAUAUUGAUUGGAAUUUCUUAAGUGCUGGAUUGGGAUUUACUUUUGGCCUUGGUAUUAUUAUCUUUCCCAUUAUUUUUUGUCAGCAAUAG